ACUGACAGAAAACAUAUUUUAUCAACGUCACCACUAUUAUAUACCUACAUAUAUUUAUAUAUUUUUAACACCCUCAUUAUAAAUAUUUAUUAAUUUUAAUUUUCAUAUAUAUCUGUCUUGACUGUAAAUAUGAUGACACUUCGCGAAAAACAGAUUCAUGCUCUGAAGCAAAUGUUGAAUUUAAAUCAUCCAGAAACAAAGACAACGACAGCUGUUCCGACGUGGAAGAUUUUGAUUUAUGAUCGUGUAGGUCAAGAUAUAAUAUCACCAUUGAUAUCAGUCAAGGAAUUGCGUGAUUUAGGGAUAACAUUACAUAUGCAAUUACAUUCUGACAGAGAUGUAAUACCUGAAGUACCAGCAAUAUAUUUUUGUGCACCAACGGAAGAAAAUAUAGGUCGUAUUGGGCAAGAUUUUCACAAUGGAGUUUAUGAUAUUUAUCAUUUAAAUUUUAUAUCUCCAAUUUCGAGACAAAAAAUGGAAGAUUUGGCAUCUGCGGCACUGUUAGCUGGUGCGGUUGCCAAUAUCCAUAAAGUUUUUGAUCAGUAUCUUAACUUUAUUACUCUAGAAGAUGAUAUGUUUGUGCUAAGACAUCAGAACAGUGACGUAAUAUCUUACCACGCAAUAAAUCGUGGUGAGAUUAAAGACACUGAGAUGGAAUCAAUCAUGGACACAAUCGUGGAUAGUUUGUUUUCCGUCUUCGUAACACUAGGAACAGUUCCAAUAAUACGUUGCCCACGUGGCAAUGCCGCAGAAAUGGUUGCCAAGAAGUUGGAUAAAAAAUUACGGGAGAACGUUUGGGACACGAGGAACAGUUUGUUCCAGGGUGAAGUCGCCGGUACUGGGCACUUUACAUUUCAACGCCCGCUGCUGAUUGUCCUGGACCGGAGUGUUGACAUGGCGACGCCGCUACAUCACACCUGGACUUACCAAGCGCUGGCUCAUGACGUCCUCGAGCUGGCGUUGAAUCGGCUGGUAGUUGAAGAGAAUGUUGGACGAUCACCUGCCGGUGGCGCUAGGUCUAAAACUCGUCCAUGUGAGCUCAACAACACCGACCGGUUCUGGUCUCAGCACAAAGGAAGUCCCUUUCCUCGAGUAGCUGAGGCUAUUCAAGAAGAACUGGAGCAGUACCGCAUCUGCGAGGAGGAAGUAAAGAAGCUCAAGAGCUCAAUGGGUAUUGAUGGCGAUAUGGAGAUACCAGGCAAUAUGGUGGCUAAUAACACAGCCCGGCUUACAACUGCCAUCAACCAUUUGCCCCAAUUAUUGGACAUGAAACGUAUGAUUGACAUGCACACGACAAUUGCCACGGGAAUACUGAACGCCAUAAAAUCCCGUCGUCUUGACACGUUCUUUGAGAUAGAAGAAAAAAUAAUGAGCAAGCAGACACUCGAUCGGAGUAUCAUUGACAUUAUCAAUGACCCGGAAGCUGGUACACCUGAAGACAAGAUAAGAUUGUUCAUUAUUUACUAUCUCUGCACAAAUAUGUCGGAUGUUGAGUUCAAUAAACACGAGGCUGCGUUAGCCAACGCCGGGUGUGAUCUCAAUCCUCUCAUGUACAUAAAGCGGUGGAGGGGAUACACCAAAUUGUCAGGUAUCCAAAGUAGUUAUGAAGGCGGCGGUACCAAGACAGUCAGCAUGUUUUCAAAAUUAAUGAAUCAAGGAUCCUCGUUCGUUAUGGAGGGGGUUAAAAAUCUUGUUGUCAAGAAACACAAUUUACCUGUCACUAAAAUAGUCGACGAGUUGGUAGAAAUGAAACAAAAUUCAAGUACUGAUGACUACUAUUAUCUUGAUCCAAAGCAAUUGAAGCAAAUAGAGCAUGUACCCAAAAACCGCACUACAUUCCAAGACGUUAUUGUAUUUAUUGUUGGUGGCGGGAAUUAUAUUGAAUAUCAAAAUUUGAAUGACUAUGUCAAGCAAAAGACAAGCAGCGGUGCUAAUAAACGAGUCGUCUAUGGUUCAACGACGCUAAUAAAUGCCCGGCAAUUUAUCAAACAACUUUCUCUCCUCGGCCAAGAGGUGCACUGACUAAAAUAAAAAAAUAAAAUAUUAUAAAUAUUUAUAUUAAUAAUUGAUAAUUAUUUAUAAAACGUUGGGUACUUUAAUUAGCAAGAGCUCAAUAAAUGUACAUUUAAUUAUCGUAAAGUAACACGAUCUGAUUUUUAAAAAGUUACUCGUGUUAUUUUCCAAUAACAAUUAAGAAAAUUAUUAAAAUAAUGAACAUUA